UGUUGCAUCCCUCCGCAUCGAGGUCACCACCUUUAAAUAAAAGAUACCGAUCUCUGUCAUCAAACAUGUUUUCAUAUUCUGGUUCUCCUCAGAAGGUUCCUCCUCACCCUAUCACACCUCAGACUCCUUACUCCAACAAGCUCCUCUCUAAUCUACCAGCAUCUUCCGAUUCCAAACUUUUCUCAGCGUCUUCACUUGCAAAACCCUCCCUUGCAUCACUACUAAAAGUCCAGCCGACACGCAACGAAGCUGCAGCGUCCCGCCAGCCCAGACGACCUGCUGCUUCCCCUCUUCCCCAGACCACAGGGCCGCUGUUUGAGCAUCACCCCUUCAUCGUCACCUGGAACAUCCCCGAUUUAGUGUGCAACAGAUACAACGUUUCACUGGACACCUCUGUCUUUAAAGGAGUGGCUACACCUGCUAAGGUUCCAGGUCAGUUUCUGUCUCUGUUCUACACAGACAGACUGGGUUUUUACCCUCAUGUCAACCUCAGAAGUAAAAGAAAGCUUUACGGUGGCAUCCCUCAGAGAGGGAACCUCAGAGCGAGUGUGAACAAAGCCAGAGCGGACAUCAGCUUCUACAUCCCCUCCACGACCACCAGAGGCCUGGCUGUAAUAGACUGGGAGGAAUGGCGCCCCCUGUGGGACAGAAACUGGGGCAUAAAGAAAGUGUAUCAGACCUUGUCGGUGGCUCACGCGUUGCAGGCGAACCGCUCCCUCACAGUGCAGGAGGCCACAGAGGCCGCCAAGCAGCAGUUCCAGGAGGCAGCGAAAAGCUACAUGUCAGGGAUGUUGUCAGUGGGCAGGACCAUGAGGCCCAACUAUCUUUGGGGCUUCUAUCUGUUUCCCAACUGCUAUAACUACGGCUGGCAGGAGUCCCACUACACGGGCCAGUGCUCCAGGGAAGUGAGGAGGCAGAACGACGAGCUGCUGUGGCUGUGGGACUCCAGCACGGCCCUCUUCCCCUCCGUGUACCUGCAGGCGUCUCUGGCAGACAGUCCCAAAGCUGCCCUGAUGGUGAGGAACCGGGUCCAGGAGGCUUUGAGAGUAUCUGCUCUUGCCAGAUGGAGCGCGACUGCACCUGUGUAUGUUUACACUCGUCCUGUCUUUGUUGAUCAGAACAGACGCUUUCUGAGCCAGGGGGAUCUGAUCAGCACCAUCGGGGAGAGUGCAGCGGUGGGAGCUGCUGGAGCAGUGCUGUGGGGCGCCAGCGCCGACUACGAUGACCAGAGUUCCUGUGAAGCCCUGUCAUCCUACCUCACCUCCACCCUCAACCCCUACGUCGCCAACGUCACGGCGGCGGCGCAGCUCUGCAGCAAAUACCUGUGCCGAGGCAACGGCCGCUGUGUCCGGAAAAGCUACAAGUCCAGUCACUACCUCCACCUGGACCCGGGCAGCUUCAGGGUGCUGCGAGUUCAGAAACGCUACCUGGUUUUAGGAAGGCCCAGCCUGGCAGAGCUGAAGGCUUUAAGCAAGAGUUUCACCUGCCAGUGCUACAAGGGACUGAGCUGCAGCCCGAGGACGCUCACAGAGCUCUCAAAGGCCCUGAAGUUCAGCAACAAGCAAGGGCCGUACUAUAAAUUAAACUCUCUGACUAAAGCCGCAUUAGACAAUAAGCAGCAGGCAAGUAUUCCUCAAGAUAAUCUAAAAAUCUGAAGGAUUAUUAGUUUACUAGUUGUGUAGGGUAGGGGUGUCAAGCACAUUUUAGUCCAGGGGCCACAUACAGUCCAAUGUUGUCCUGACCAAAUAGUGCCACAAUAACCUUUAAAUUUAAACUUUUUGUACCCUAUUGAGGAUGUGCUGUUGCAAUAGUAACCUCCUCAUGUGAGGUUGAUUGAACUGAAACUGUUCAGUGAGCACUGUCUUCCGUUCUAUGUAGUGUAUAUAAAGCCUAGCGACGACUGACUGAAUUUGUGAAGGGCAGUCACUGUGCUCGGCCUACAACUGCAUUAUUCCCGGCAAUAAUUUGCAUAUGAUUUGACUGCGUAUGUAAAAUAAAAGGGGAAAAAACAAGGGUGUAAUAGAGAGAC